UCACUGUUUAUUGUUUUGUAUCUAUGCAACUUUCAACGCCAGUAAUUGUCAGCAAGUGCGUCAGUCAAAAAUCAAGAGAGACUUUCAAGUCUUUCUUAGCGAUUAUCGAGUUAUCGAUCAUAAUUCACUGAAACCAUGGCGACCUGGUUCUUCCUCAUAGUAACUACCCUAUUCAUCUCUGUUCUUGUCAAAACCAUUCUCAGUCUAAUCUCAACAAACAAACUCCCUCCUGGACCUGUCACCAUUCCCAUAAUCAGCAGCUUGUUAUGGCUCCGCCAGUCGCCUUAUGAGAUGGAACUCGCACUCAGAAAACUCCAUGGCCAAUACGGACCCAUUUUCACCCUCAAUCUCGGCUCCCGCCCUAAGAUAUUCGUCGGCAGCAGCUCCCUGGCUCACCAGGCCUUAGUCCAGAACGGGGCUGUGUUUGCAGACAGGCCACCGGCCUUGGCUACCGAUAAGAUCAUCACUAGUAAUCAACACAACAUCAGCUCUGCACCGUAUGGACUUACAUGGCGGCUCCUCCGUCGCAACUUGUCUUCUGAGAUACUCCACCCUCUGAGGGUCAAGUCUUAUGGUGCGGCGCGCAAGUGGGUUCUGGACAUCCUCAGCACUCGGCUCCAGUUGGAAGUGGAAUCCCAAUCCCAUUCUAAAGGUGUUGUAGUAGUAGACCAUUUUCAGUAUGCUAUGUUUUGUUUGUUGGUUUUGAUGUGUUUUGGAGACAAACUCGACGAAAAGCAGAUCAAAGAAGUUGAACGCGUUCAGCGGCAGUUGCUGUUGGGUUUGUGGCGAUUCAGGUUGCUUAGUAUUAAGCCUAACAUUACCAAGAUCGUGUUGAAAAAGCAGUGGAGCGAGUUUUUGAAGAUCAGGAAAGAACAAGAAGACGUGCUCAUUCCUCUUAUACGAGCAAGAAGUAAGGCAAAGGAGGAGAGGCUGAGCAAGGUGGACCAAAUUAGUGAUGAAUUUGUGUUGUCGUAUGUUGAUACGUUGUGGGAUCUUCAGCUCCAUGAGGAGAAGAGAAAGCUUGAGGAAGGCGAAAUAGUUAGUCUUUGUUCUGAGUUUCUAAGUGCCGGCACUGAUACUACAUCCACUGCAUUGCAGUGGAUCAUGGCCAACAUAGUCAAGUAUCCACAUGUCCAAGAGCGCAUUUUCGCAGAGAUUAAAGGGGUUGUGAAAAAAACUGAGGAAGAGGUGAAAGAGGAGGACUUGCAGAAGAUGCCUUAUCUGAAAGCUGUGAUCUUGGAGGGUCUAAGGCGUCACCCACCUGGCCACUUUUUGUUGCCACACAGAGUCACCCAAGACAUUGUUUUGGAUGGUUAUGUGGUGCCCAAGAAUGUUACUGUCAAUUUCACAGUGGCUGAUAUAGGGUGGGACUCAAAAGUGUGGGAAGACCCUAUGGCUUUCAAGCCGGAGAGAUUCUUGAGUGGCGGUGCAGGAGAAGGGGUUGAUAUAACAGGAAAUAGAGAGAUUAAGAUGAUGCCUUUUGGGGCAGGGAGGAGAAUCUGUCCUGCUUCUGGUUUAGCUAUGCUUCAUCUUGAGUAUUUUGUGGCCAAUCUGGUUUGGAGAUUUGAAUGGAAAGCUGUGGAUGGAGCCAAUGUGGACCUUUCGGAGAAGCAGGAGUUCACUGUGGUCAUGAAGAAUCCGUUGCAGGUCAACAUAUCUCAGAGGGUGAAUAAGUGAAGGAACUCGGCUUGUUGUGUAAUUGGGACUACAUAAAGAGUCAAGUUUAUGAAUCUCUACAGCCAUUAUAAAGCAUGUCUUUUACUGAGUCAUUAUUGUUUAAGGAUUGUGUCUACAUAUAAUCAUUAUUAUGUAGAUGAUUCCUUGUAACCAAUUUUUGACUUCUUAGGAGAUUGGUGUUUCACCAUUGUGUUUUUAAGUAACGAAGUUUUCUUCGUUUCUAAAGCAACACUUUUUCAUAAAAUACUCUUGCUUGA